CUUCCUGUAUCUCGGAACUUCAAUUUACUGAACCCGUGAAGACUGUUUGGCGGUUUUUCCUCUAUUAUCAUCACAAUGUCUGCAAGUCCUGCUGUGUUGAUGCGGCUCGUGGCCUCUGCCUUCACUGUGGCUGAAAAGGCCGGCGCCAUUGUGAGGAAAGUCCUUCACAGCGGAGAACUUGGCAUUGUGGAAAAGACUGGAGCCAAUGAUCUGCAGACACUGGCCGACCGACUGGCACAGCAAAGCAUUUGUGCAUCACUGUCCAGAAGUUUCCCCAAAAUCACCAUCAUUGGAGAAGAGGACCUUCCACCUGAGGAGAUAAAGGAAGAUCUCAUUGAGAGCGGCCACUCGGAGGAAAUCCUUCAGAAGACAUGUCCAGCAGAAUAUAGAGAUCUGAAAGAGGAGGAGCUAGUUGUGUGGGUCGAUCCUCUCGAUGGCACAAAGGAAUAUACUGAAGGUCUGCUGGAUAAUGUGACGGUGCUCAUUGGUAUUGCAUACGAAGGCAGAGCGAUUGCAGGUGUCAUCAACCAGCCUUUCUACAACUACCAGCUCGGAGAAGGAGCAUCUUUAGGAAGAACCAUGUGGGGAAUCCCGGGGUUGGGCGCUUUCGGAUUUCAGCUGCAGGAAGUUCCCGGUGACAGACGCAUCGUUACCACGACACGUUCCCAUAGCAACAAGCAGGUGACGGACUGUGUGGACGCCAUGGAGCCUCACGAGGUUAUAAGAGUGGGCGGUGCUGGGAACAAGAUAAUCCAGCUUGUUGAAGGAAAGGCUUCUGCGUAUGUCUUCGCCAGCCCCGGCUGCAAGAAGUGGGACACCUGCGCUCCAGAAGCUCUACUGCUUGCUGUGGGAGGGAAACUGACUGACAUGCACGGCAAUGCAUACUGCUACAAUGCUAACGUAAAGCACAUGAAUUCUGCUGGCGUUCUUGCUACACUACGCAACCACGAGUACUACGUCAGCAGAGUGCCGCAGUCGGUGCUGCAGGCCCUGAAGUCAGAUUAAGUUCUGUCUUCAUCAGAAGUCACACUAAUGAACCUCUGUCAUGUUUUAAAGCACUUACAAAUCUAACCACAAGUGCAGGAACCCUCUGUAUUUAGAUGAGAACAAAUGAAAUGAUGAUUUCAAAGUCACAUUAAUCCAUGUUUUUGUGUCAUACAUUAUUAAAUGAACCAGACAGCAAGCAGGCUCAACAGCACUUCCAUUUAUUUCAUCGCUUCAAACAAACUUUAAAAAUCUCAGAACGUCUUUACACACUGUUUCCAACUUGAAGACCAAGAGAUUAACAAGGCAAAAGGCAAAGAUUUAAUAAAUAAAAAUACAUCGGUUAAAUGCUUAUUAAGGAGUUAAAAAGGAUUAACUUCAUUCAAUAACCACGUGGGAACACUGUGAUAUAACUAGCCAACAACAAACAAAAUGCCAUCGUCCUGCCUUGAUGAUUUUGACCUCUUUACAAUGUCAUGCGAUGACUGGAAGCGCAACAAUGUUCAGAGAGAGAGGUCGAGAUCUACUGCUGUGAUGAUGAAUAUACUCAGAACUUACUUUUAAUCCCGUACUGUCGGUUUUCUGCCGCGGUCUUCAUAUCCGUCUCUAUUUUUCUACACACCUACUGUACAAACCAGACUGAAGGACACAAACUCAAAGUGCUUACCGAUGUUUGUUUCCCACAUUAAAUUGACAUCUGAACUUAAAACAAAACUCGAACACUAUUGCAUUUCUGUGUUUCCCCUUUUGUUAAAACCAAGUGGUGUUAGGGAUAGCAAACAGUUUCAGAGCUUGGAAACGCUGAUCUAAUGUAGAGCAGCUGUACAGGAAUGCUAGUUAAAGUACAGCAUUUAGCAGCCGUGUCCUUUUCUAAAGUUCAAAUAGGCUUUAAUGACCUGUGCACGUGUUUAUGUUUUGCAUAUGACAAUAUUUCUUGCACCAUCAACAUAUUGACUGAUAUCUCUUUGGGGAAAACAUUCGAAAGUCGAAGGGAAAGUCAUUGCAAUGUCUAAUUUGCUGUUCUUAAAGAAUAAUGUGACAUUUUGGGGAAUGUGGUUACUGGCUUUCUUGCUCAGACUUAAUAAGAAGAUGGAUACUUUAUUUCCGUUCAAUUAAUAUGAAGCUUCAACCAGCAGCUUGCUAGCUUAGC